GAUAUCGCGAGGCGAGAUUGUCAGUUUCGCGCACGCGCGCUGAAGGCAACUGGUCGUGACUGUCUUGCCCAAAAUGGCUGCCGCGAUGGAUGUGGAUGCUCCUAGUGGGGCUAAUAGUAGUGCCGGCAAGAAGCGUUUUGAAGUGAAGAAGUGGAAUGCAGUAGCUCUCUGGGCUUGGGACAUUGUCGUUGACAACUGUGCCAUCUGCAGAAACCACAUUAUGGAUCUGUGCAUAGAAUGUCAAGCUAACCAAGCAUCAGCUACCUCUGAAGAGUGCACUGUUGCAUGGGGCGUUUGUAAUCAUGCUUUCCACUUUCAUUGCAUUUCCCGCUGGCUUAAGACUCGGCAGGUGUGCCCGUUAGACAACCGAGAAUGGGAGUUCCAGAAGUAUGGCCAUUAGCAAAGAAGAGAAGAAUGCCAAGUUCUAAUGUUCUUGUAUUAAUUAAGGUUUUGUCUGCAAGAAGGCAUUCUUGAGAAUCCUCCACAUGCUGUUAUAUAUCAGUCUUGCCUUUUUGUUUUCUCAUUAAUAGUUAUUGUGUAUAGUAAUAAAAAUGUGCUACUU